AUGGCUCAAGGCGACGACGAGGUCACCGUCGCUGCAGGCGAUGAUGUCAGCAUUCUCGACGAUUCUACAAGUGAGGAGUGGUGGCAGGUUCGCCGCCUUAAAAAUGGCAAUCAGGGCGUUGUUCCCAGCUCCUACAUCGAAAUCACAGGAUCAAUCACCCCCAUCGUGGCAACCUAUUCAGAUGUAGAUUCAGCCAAGGCCACCGUCGAACAGAACCGCCUUGAGGAGAUCCGGCUGACCAAAGAAGCCAUUAGAGCGAGCAAGCAGCCUCAACAGGUAGGGAUGGGAAUGAAUCUUCCCGAAAGAGGGAGCAGCCUUGUGGCCAAGGAACAUAGUAAUAAUUUGGGACAACAGCGAAGCCGGCAUGAAACUGGCCGAACCGAUGGCGAUGAGCAUCCAAAGGCCAAGUCAAAACCGGAGUUAACCAAGGUGAGAGCCUGGACAGAUCGGUCUGGCUCCUUCACUGUCGAGGCACAGUUUCUCGGCCUCAAGGACGGCAAAAUUCAUCUACACAAGAUGAACGGUGUCAAGAUUGCUGUACCAAUCACCAAGAUGUCGCGCGCCGAUCUUGGGUAUGUCGAGAGUGCGACAGGCAUCAGUCUCGACGAUGACAGGCCCCUGGCGGACGUCAAGACGGCCAAGUCGGCAGAGAAAAACCGUCUGUCCGAGGUCGGAGCAACUGUUGGGAAGAGCGAAAAUAUUGACUAUGACUGGUUUGAGUUUUUCCUGGCGUGCGAGGUUGCGGUUGGGCUUUGCGAACGGUAUGCCCAGGCCUUCGCCCGGGAUUCGAUGGAUGAGAGUGUGCUGCCUGACGUCAACGCGACAAUACUUCGAACGUUGGGUCUUCGCGAAGGCGACAUUAUUAAGGUCAUGCGCAAGCUGGAUGCCAAGUAUGGCCGCGACCGGGGGAAGCUUGAGUCGAACGAAGAGACAACCGGGGCCUUUUCUCUGGACCUGGAGGAGCCCUUCGUAACAAUACACGGAAGGGUCGACCGACACGAGCCAUGCAGACAAGCGACGUUUGACGGCAAAUGGAAAGCAACCCAGCUCGGUGGCAAAAACGCAGUCGACUCCGGAGCCAGCCGUGACCGCCGAGUUGACAGGUUCUAUGAAGGAACUGUCUCUACUCUCCCGCCCACUUCAACCAACCCAAAUCGAGCCCCCACCAACGAUAGCGAAAAUGACCAACACACUAGAGCUUCAAGAUCACACUCAACAACUCACUGGCGCAAGCCCGUCCUUCUUUUCCACCGUCCCCAAACCUGCCCAAUCGCCAUCGUCACCAAAAGCUCUUGCCCGACACCGACCGGCACCCCUUCAAUGUCAUCGACGGAAAGCUCUCUGAUACCGCCGCCGCCUCAACGUCCCUUGUCGGCUCCUCAGGCAGCACAGUUAUCCGUACCGUCAUCUUCCAUGAUGCCUCAAAUGACCGGUCCUAUUCAAUCGCAGGCGGCAUCUCCAGGUUCCAAUCUCAACAAUUUAGCUCAAGUCAGGCUAGUACAACAGUAUUCGGAACAGCUCCAGCCCGCAUCGACCGUCUACUUAAGUUUCCAGGAUCAAGGCCUAGCUUCAUAUUCAUCAGGAGCCACGAACCAGCAGCAAUAUAUGCAGCCAAUGAUGACAGGGGUUCCAGGUUCAAGCCCUUUCCCGGAUUCGGGCCGUCCAUUGCAACCUCAAAUUCUGGCUCAACCCAGCGGCCUCCCAUCUCCAUUUCCUCCCAGCGUAAUGCCCUACUCCUCCGGGUCAGGCGCAUUAGGCGGAGUUAAUAGCAUACUACCUUCGCCCCUAGAGCCUCAGAGACCGGGUGGGGUAAGUCUACAGCUGCAGCAGAUGGACGCUCUUGGUUCCCUGGGUGGCGGCUUUACCCAACCGAUUCAGCCUCAACAGACGGGGCCGCCCCCUCCAGUCCGAUUUGGUGUGGUGAAAGCGGAAGCCCAGAGGCUGACUCCUCAGCAAACUGGGCGGCGAGCAAAUCUGGCUCAAGCAACGCCCCAGAAUCCUUUCGGGUUUUAA